AUGAGUGGGAUGAGCGUCUGCAUCAUCCUUGCGAUCGCUUGUACUUGCUUAGUCAAGCUGAGGCAUGCCUCUGGCAACAUAGCCGAGGGUCCCGCGUAUCACUUUAAGGAGGAUAUUAAGGAUGCUUUAUGGACAAUAUACCGUUCCACGGAAGAGGUGAACAUGUUGCUGAAGGAUAAUCUUCAUGCCACGGCUCUUAUGUUCAGGCUUCUCAGAGAACAUGGGUUUGAUGUUUCUGAAGGGGUAUUCUACCGAUUUAUGGAUGAGAAGGGAAACUUGAAAGCCAGCCUUCGCCACCAGACUGAAGGAUUGGUGAGCUUGUACGAGGCUUCCCAUCUUGCAAAGGAAGGAGAGCACGUGCUGGAAGAAGCUACGAACUUCACAACUAAACAGCUCAAGAGCCUCAUGGAGGGAUCACUUGAGCCUCAUCUCAGGGAGCACGUAGCCCAUGCCUUGGAGCUUCCAUUGAACUGGAGGAUGCCGAGGUUACAGACCAGGUGGUUCAUAGAAGCAUCCCAAUGGGAAGCGAAGAUGAACCCUGUCCUACUUGAAUUGGCUAAGUUGGACUUCGACAGGGUUCAGAUCAUAUAUCAGAGGGAACUCAGAGAAAUGUCGAGGUAUUUUAAGCUUGCUUUACUUGAAUCAUGUCUUGUGCAUUCUGCCCUCGUUUAUGAACCAGCAAACUUCAGCGCAAACUUAUGGCUAUCGAUCAGAUGGUGGAACAAUCUUGGGCUCGCGCAAAGGCUUCCAUUUUCCAGGGACAGGUUGAUGGAGAACUAUUUCUGGACGGUUGGCUGUGCUUUUGAGCCACAGUUUGCAAGAAUUAGGGAGGCGCAGACAAAAGCGAACUGCCUGAUAACAACAAUAGAUGAUGUGUAUGAUGUUUACGGCACCAUCGAUGAGCUCGAGCUUUUCACGGAUGCCGUCGAUAGAUGGGAUGUUAAGACAAUGGACAAAUUGCCAGAGUACAUGAAGAUAUGUUUUCUAGCCCUCUUCAACACUACAAAUGUCACCGCGUACAAUGUUAUGAAAGAGAAGGGUCUGGAUAUAAUUCCACACCUUAAAAAAGCACCCCUACUUCCUUGCCCGUGGCUAACGGCGAUGAGGGGGCACGAGGAGAGCGCGUCGGCAAGGAAGGGGCACGAGGAGGGGGUGUGA